AUGUCUAGUGAUCCAGAGGAUGAUUAUGUUCCAUGGAUCCAGCAGUUUUGCGAGGCAUUUGGCCACGACUACUUUGUACCUGUAACUCAGGACUUCAUAGAGGACGACUUCAACUUGACGGGUCUAUCGCUGCAAGUGCCCUACUACAGAGAGGCUCUCUAUACAAUAUUGGACUACCAGGUGGAAACUGCCGAGGACAACAAUGGUAGCGGCGGUAGUGGGCUAAACUCUGCCGGUAACAGUGGAACAGGCUCCUCCCUGAACGGGGGGAAGGGCAAGAACGACUUACCCAACAAGGCAUUGCUCUCCCACUCGGCAGAGCUCUUGUAUGGGCUUAUACAUGCUCGUUAUAUCAUCUCCAAAGGCGGACUAACCGCAAUGGCUAGUAAAUUUGAGAGAUCUGAGUUUGGUAUCUGCCCUAGGUACUACUGUGAUGGCAUGCACCUUAUUCCUGUCGGUGCCACCGACAUUCCCGGGCAAGAGACGGUACGUUUGUACUGCCCAUGCUGUAACGACAUAUACUUGCCUCUGAGCUCUCGGUACUUGAACAUUGACGGUGCGUAUUUCGGCACAACAUUUCCCGGCUUGCUUGUUAAAAUGUUCCCUGAAAUCGAGAACCAGUGCAAACUAAGAAUUAACAAAGUCAAUCAAGACAAUUUUGGCUUGCGUUUGUUUGGUUUUCGCAUCCACGAGUCCAGUGCAAGCGGGCCUCGUAUGAAGUGGUUACGACAGUUUCCAGUUGGUGCAGAAGAGAAGAAGGAGUUUGACGAAUGCGAGCUCACUAUACCAGCUGAUAAUGACAGUGACUGCGACAUCACUGCUUCUGAAGAGGGUCAAGUCGAUGUCGAUGUUGAUGACGACAAAACGAUGGCCAGUGAUGGAAUGUAA